GACACAAGAAUGUCAGGUGGAGGUUAGGUCCUAGAGGUCACACAGGCUACUGUUAAACGACUGCUGAUUUAAUAUUAUAUAUGUCAUCUGUCUUGUACACCUUGUUGCUUAUUGCUUGUUGCUUGCUUGCGCUCUUUCUUUUAGCACAAUUUUUAGAGUCUUCUCUUUGGUUAUACUUGUUGAGAAAUCACCACUUUGAUGCUGCACCUAUUUGAUUACAAUUCCCUCAUUUUUUUCACAUCACCAAACUCAGUUCCGUGACUAUAGAAUUACUUGUUUCUGUUUGUCUUGUUGUUUUCCAGAGAAUAAUGGUAUAUGGCUUUCUGACUUUGGGUGCUUCUCCUUUCUUCCCUUUUCGCUUCCUUAUCACUUCUCUGAGUUCGUCGGGUGGUUAACUAUGUCAUCUUUUCUUCAUAUCUGAUACAAGUUCCAAGAAGAAAGAAAAAACUCUUGAUUUGUGGUUAGUUUGGGUCAUGGCAGUUUGCUGUGAUCUUGAAGUUGAUGUUAAUGGAGAGGAGACUUUCCUGCUAGACAAGGAAGUGUUUUACGGCUUUCUUGUUUUCGUCUAGGCAUUUAUUGCUGCUGCUUGGGGGUGCUUUCAUUCUUCGAGUCUUGGUUUGUUUUUAUUCAGCCAUCUUUUAAGAAAGGCCGAGGGUUGCUUUCAUGGCAUUGAUUACUCUUCAUUUCCCUGCAUUGCUGGGUUGAUUACAUGCCCAUGAAGAUUCUUACGAGAAAGUGAUUGAGGACCGUCUUUACAAUAAUUCUCCACUUGUUUGUCUGUUUGUUUGUCACCUUUAGCUGUUCAUUGCUAGAGUGUUAUGAAAUUUGUUUUUUACAUUUCUGUACAACACAAUAUCUAAUUCUGUUUUUGGCUGGCAUUGGCAGAAAAUUAUUUGUUCAUUCUCGGGCAGGUUAAGCAAAUUAUUUGAUAAAUCCACAAAUGCCAAGAGAAAUAAAGUGAUAUUCCGUGACUUUCCUGGAGGGGUAGAGAAUUUUGAGCUUAUUGCAAGGUUUUGUUACAACAAUGGGAAAAUUGACAUAAAUCCUUCAAAUGUUUCCUUGUUAUAUGUUGCUGCUCAAUUCUUGGAUAUGAACAAUUCCGUAUCAGGAAACCGUAAUCUAAUAGAAAAAACAAUGAAAUCCAUUGAAGAGAUCAGCUACUGGACAUGGUCUGAUCUUUUGGCCACUUUGAAGCAUUGCCAAGAUUUACAAUCUUCGGGUAUAGUUGAAAGAUGCUUGGAUUCACUUGUUGGGAGGCUGGCCAUUCCUAGUGAAGCAAGUCCUUGUGCAUCUACUUCUUCUCUAGAUAGUCCUGGGUUUUGGCUUUCGUGCGAUACCAAAAGUACCAAGAGUUUGAAAGACGGCUUCUCUCAAGCAACUUGGUGGUUCGAAGACCUUUCAAUUUUGAGUCCCGAUAUGAUCGAAAUGCUGAUAAAAUCUAUGGUUUCUCGGAAGUACAAUCAUGUAAUCAUCGGUCGGUUCCUCUUCCAUUACCAGAAGUCAAAGUUUUAUACUGCAUCACCAGAUGAGAAACACCAAGUUUUAGAAACCGUGAUUGAUAUGCUCUACACUCUUGAUACGAAUUCUAUUUCAUGCAAGAGUUUGUUCAGAAUUUAUCGAGUGGUGCUAAAUCUGAACAUAAGCAAAAAUAGCAGGAACAAGUUGGAGUGUAUGAUAGGUUCUCAAUUGGAUCAAGCAACAUUAGAUAAUCUGCUAAUUCCAUCUCCUUAUGGGGCAAGCUAUUUGUAUGAUGUGAAUCUAGUUCUUAGGUUUCUGAAAGCAUUUCUUUGUGGAGGAGACCAGCAAGUAUCUCCGAUGCGGAUAAAGAAGGUUGGCAGCUUGAUGGAUAUGUAUAUAGCAGAAGUAGCUCCGGAUCCUUGUCUAAAAUCAUCCAAGUUUCUAGCUUUGGUUGUGGCCCUGCCGGAUUCUGCAAGGGACUCCUCGAACGGACUAUACCAUGCCAUUGACAUUUAUUUGGAGGUGCAUGCAGGGCUGAGUGAUGAAGAAAAAAUGAAGAUAUGUUGUGCCCUCAACUAUGAGAAACUCUCUACAGAAGCUGGCAUACACCUUUCUCAGAAUGCAAAAUUUCCAUCGAAAAGCGCGGUGCAGGCCCUCAUUUCCCAGCAAUUGAAGCUUAAGAACUUACUACAGGGCACUAACAAUACUAAGCUUUACACAAAUUCCCCUUGCAAUUUCAUUGAAACCAAAGGAAAGGCAAAGAAAGAUGAAGCAUGUGAACCAACUCUUUACUCUGAAAGACUUGACAUCUCAGUUGACAAUGAAAAGCUUAGAGAACAUUUACAAGGGAUGCAAUGUAGGGUGAUGGAAUUGGAGAAGGUGUGCAAGAAAAUGCAGAGCGAGAUGGCCAAAAUCAUGAAAUCAAAAGCAGCAGCCCACAGUAGCAGUGCAAGAUCAUUGCCUAGACUCUGCUCAUGAAAGGAAAUAUGUACAAUCUCUGUAUCUCUUCAUUAUUUCUUUGCUUAUGUGUAGCAUUGAGGUACGACUUUUUGCCCUGGCUGUUCCUUCAGAUUUUGUUAAUUACAGUUUUUCUUUCAUUUUCUGCCCAUAUUGGGGUGAUUCAAGAGUAAGAAUUUUAUUAUUUAUGGCCUCCCUAUCCAUAAAUAGCUACUUGCGAAAUGUUAUUGUUCACGCAA